AUGAGAAUCUGUAUUGAUUCUACACAUGGAAUUUCUGCUUAUGGAUUUGAACUUGUAACAUUGCUUGUCGUUGAUAAGUAUGAAGAGGGCAUACCAGUUGCUUUCUUAAUAUCAUCAACAGUAUCAGAAAAAAUUUUGGUAAACUUUUUUAACUGCAUCAAAAAGAUCAUUGAUAUCAAGCCAAAGGUUUUCAUGAGCGAUGAUGCUCCCAUGUUCUAUAAUGCAUGGGAGCAUACAUUUGGUUCUUGCCAAAAAUUAUUAUGUGCUUGGCAUGUGGACAGAGCAUGGAAAGGUCAUUUGAAUUCUGUGCCAAAACAUAAAAGACAAGCAGUGUACAAAACUUUAAAAACUUUAAUGUAUGAAUUAGAUGAAGAAAUGUUCAACAAAAUGUUAGAAACAUUUUCUGAGCAACUAUGUGAAGAUGAAGAGACACGCGAGAAUUCCAUAAAUAUUUUAUGA